AGCACGUCAAUAUAUGCCAUGUUGUCGAAGCCGGACACGGUCGGCUUGGUGUUGCCGUACGGCCCCCACCAGCUAACAUGUCUAAGUUCGCAUAUAAAGGCCGAUCAGCUGCUGACCGAGAGGGUCUUGUGGGUCUCCUCUUCGUCCUUUUCCGGUAGACCGCCAAUCGUAACAUUGUAGCCAACAUGUCGGUCAAGUCUUUCCUCCUGAUGCUCGGCCUUCUGGGCGCGGCGAAUGCACAGAACUCGUCCUUCGCUCUUCCAUCCGGCAUCCCUCGCCCUUCGAUCGGGAUCUCUCUGGGCCCCACCGGUGGCAUUUCGUUCUCGGGCGGGAUUCCAAUUGGAACGGGCCUCCCAAGCGUGCCUUUGCCUACCCCUUCCGCAUCCGUCGGUCUCUCCAUCCCUGGCGUCCCUCUGCCCACCGUCUCGGUUCCCCUUCCUUCUCUUCCGAGGCCGUCAACCAUACCGGCGCCCACUGCGUCCAUUGGACUGUCUCUACCUCCGCUCCUCCCCUCGGUUUCAGUGCCUUUUCCCAUCCCGCCAGUAAACGUUUCGACAUCGAUUGCGGUCCCGUCACUCUCCCUUCCGGUGCUGCCUUCCAUUCCACUGUCAACAGGCCUGCUGCCAUCGCUGUCCGUACCAGUCCCACUGCCUUCGGUCAAUGUUUCGCGGUCCAUCGGCCUUUCCGUUCCGUCGAUCAGACCUACCGGAUUUCCUCCGUUGCCUUCGAUUUCGAUCCCCUCAAUCAGGCCGACACCGCCAUCCUUCAACACGACAAGGCGACCCAGCUUCUCGUUUCCGAUCCCAACGCUGAGGCCCACCAGCCGCCCUGUUCCAUCCUUCUCGUUCCCAUCCAUCAGGCCAACCCCUCCCUCAUUCAACACGACCCGCUCUCCGUUCCCGACAUCGAGGCCAACCCCGCCACGCCCGUCUUGGACGCACCCCAAUCCCACCUCCCGACCCACCCCUCCCAUCCCGUCUUCGAAGCCCACUCCGACCAUCUCAAGGCCAGUGCCGCCCUUCCCCACAUCGAAGCCAACCCCGCCUAUUCCCACACUCAAGCCCACUCCGACCAUACCCAGCACUCUCAUCACUAAGCCCCACCCGCCUAAGCCCACACCAACAGACGACGGCGACCCGUGGGAGGAGUGCGACCCCGAUGAGGACGACGACUGCGAAUGCGACGGCGACGACGAAGACGAAGACGAAGACGAUGACGAUGACGACUGGAAAGACUGGAUCUGGUUUUCGCACAGAAGCAAGAAGGCGCACAAGCACCAUGCCGCGGCCGCGAAGAACUGGCAGCAAGGAAAGCACACGGGCUAUCGCAAGAAGAAACUCUCGCCGGAGAUGCAGAGGAGAGCAGAGGUCACUGGUCGCAUCAUUGGCGAAAGGCCCGUGGACGGACGGCCGGUUGAUGGGAGACCCGUUGAGGGAAGGCCGAUUGGUGCCUCGAAGAUAACUGCAAGGCGCUUGCUUGCGAGACUUCUUCGUGCGUAGAGUACUUGCACUACCUAGUCUUUCUAUAUACUCUUCGUUUCUAUAGUGAGGGCAAAGUAUUUCAAGCCGUACUGAAAGAUUCUCCCUGCGUAUAUGGAGGGCCGCUGCCAAGACCUUCAG